GUGCUGCAGUUGGGGUUUAACCGUCUGAGGAACCUAACAGAGGGAAUCCUCAGAGGCCUGGGGAAGCUGCAGUACCUCUACCUACAGGCCAAUCUGAUCGAGGCAGUCACCCCCAACACCUUUGAGGAGUGUGCUAACAUAGAGAACAUUGACCUCUCCAUGAACAGGAUUCAGGUGCUGGACGGAGGCUUGUUUACGGGGCUCGGUAGAUUAACGACGUGUGAACUCUACACCAACCCGUUCAACUGCUCAUGUGAGCUGUUGGGAUUUCUACGCUGGUUGGCAGUCUUCCCCAACAGGACCAACGAGAGGAUGGUGUGUGAUACUCCGGCCGGGUUUUCAGGCUACAGCCUCCUCAGUCAGAACCCCAGGAUGCCUGCGACACGCAACGCUCUACACAUGCUCACUAUGGUGUGUACCGACGACGGUAGCAACUCUUUUCCGAACAUCAUUGUUCAGUCAGAGUUUACGACCCUCCCACCGUACUCUCCCUGCGGAUUGGACGACUGCCCUUCUGGAAUGUCUCCGGAGGACCCAAUCAGCAUCAGCCCCACCUACCCUGAUCUGAACAACAAGCCUAGUAUGAAGGUGAAACAG